UUUUGGAAGCUCUGGGUUAGGAGAGGGGGGAGGAGGAGCGGAGAAUGAGCUAUUCUUGUACCCGCAGAGGCAGCAGCCAGGACCCAUCAACCGCUAAGAAGGCUGCCGGUAAUAAUCCGGGCAGGGGCACAGACAGCAGCAGUAGCGGCAGCAGCCCGAAGCAAACGGCGGUGAUGAAAGUGAAGAAAGGCUGCAACUCGACCGACGUGGGGGUCCCGAUCACCAUGGAGGAGGACCUGCAAGGCAGCACGGUGAUCACUCCGGAGGAUGUUCUGGGCUUGCAGAAGAUAACAGAGAAUUAUCUGUGCAGCUCAGACGAAAACAUUUACAACAUUGACUUCACCAGGUUCAAGAUCAGAGAUAUGGAAACCGCCACAGUGCUGUUUGAAAUCACCAAACCUCCAUCCAUAGACAAAGCAGGAGAGAAGAGGGAAGUUGACCCAAACGGCGGCCGAUUUGUACGUUACCAGUUCACCCCCGCUUUUCUCAGACUGCGACAAGUUGGAGCCACAGUUGAGUUCACGGUCGGAGACAAGCCGAUAGAAAACUUCAGGAUGAUCGAGAGACAUUAUUUUAGAGAGAAGUUGCUCAAGAGUUUUGACUUUGAGUUUGGCUUCUGCAUGCCCAGCAGCAAGAACACCUGUGAACACAUCUAUGAAUUCCCACCUCUGUCUGAGGACAUCAUCAGAGAGAUGGUCCUGCACCCAUACGAAACGCAGUCCGACAGCUUCUACUUUGUGGACAAUAAGCUGGUGAUGCACAACAAGGCGGACUACUCUUACAACGGCGGGACGUAGAGACGACACGCCACGCUGACAUGAGAGACACGUGGAUGUACGGACUGAACUAAGGGACGAUCAGAGUACACUGGUGGAUUGAACAUCCUGUUAAUCCAGUAGUCUCUCUCUCUUUCUUUCUUUCUUUCUUUCUUUCUUUCUUUCUUUCUUUCUCCUUCUGUCUUUCUUCAGCUGAGAGAUCGUCAUCUAGAAAGAAAGUGUGUGUGAAUGUGUGUGGCUAAGCCUAAAAAAAAAAAGCCCCACACACACAUUUCAAAGCUUGUUUGACCUCGCUGUUACAGAGUGUUUUUGUGACAUGAUAAACCAGCAAGUGACCAACUUUUUAG